UCUCAGAGCCUCUCUCUCUCUGCCUUCUCCUCCCAGCCGAGUCUGGCAAACCUGACCUCCCUCAGCCAGGACUUACCACCCAUCCUGAGAGCGCCAUGACACCUGUGCCACCUUUCCAGCUCCUGUUGGUGCUCAGCCUGGCACCACAGCUGGUGCCUGCAAGUCCCAAGCAAUACUUUCUGAAGUAUGUCUUGGAACCGCCGCCCUGCAGAUCAGAGCCUGACAUCUGCGACACCUUCUGUACGGAGCAGGAGGAGUGCUCACCAAAUCUUCAGUGCUGUUCUGCCUACUGUGGGAUAGUGUGUACCUCAAACCAAGCCCCAGUGGUUGGGGUCUCCUGAGGGUCUCCUCUCCCAGCCCUGGCACCAGAGCUGUUGGCAGAGGACGACAGUAGAGCCUCGAGCCCAU